CAAACAAGUGUUAAAAACAAUUUGUGGUGCAAUAUUUUCAGCAAUUGCUCGCUUACUCGCUUGUCUACGCCAAAUAGCCGAGAGAUUGGGGCCACUCGAGAGCGGCGGAAGCAUAGAGAAUCGGUUGGGCAAACAAUCUUAAUUGCUGCUGAAAACAGCUGGAAAGGUUAAACCCAGAGAAAUGAGCCAAGCGGAGGGCACCCCGUCAUCCCAAUCCAAAAUCCCGGACACCUUGGACGCGGCAAGGGGCAGCAGCAGUGGCAAGCAGCUGCUGGAGACGUACCGCGUCUAUGUGGUCACCUGGAACGUGGGCAGUCGCUUCCCGGAGAACAUAUCGCUGCGCCAGCUGCUGGGCCUCCAGGACGUGAGCAAGGAGUCGCCGGAAUCGCCGGCGGCCCAUCUGCCGGACAUCUAUGCCCUGGGCCUGCAGGAGGUCAAUGCCCAGCCGCAGCAACAGGUGCUCGGCCUGUUCAAGGAGGACCCCUGGACGCACAAGGCCAAGGAGCUGCUCCGCGGCUAUGACUAUGUGGCCGUCAAGACGGAGCAAAUGCAGGGACUGCUGCUCAGCAUGUUCGUGCGGCGCCAGCAUGUGGAGCAUCUGCAGGACAUCGAGGCGGAGUUCACGCGCACCGGCUUCGGCGGCAUUUGGGGCAACAAGGGCGCCGUCAGCGUGAGAUUCACCCUCUACGGCUGCGGCCUGGCCUUCGUGGUGGCCCAUUUGGCCGCCCACGAUCAUCAGCUGGACGAGCGGAUCGAGGACUACAGGCAGAUUAUCGAGAAUCAUCACUACCAUGUCAAGCGGUACCGCGAGAUCUACGAUCAUGACUAUGUCUUUUGGUUUGGCGAUCUCAACUUUCGCCUGCAGGGCGGCGAUUCCUCGACGGAGGUGCGGGAUUUGCUGCGCGAUGAGUCGCAGCACGAGGCGCUCAUCCGGCGGGAUCAACUCUACCAGGUGCGCGAGAAGUCGCAGCAGGCCUUUCAGCUGCUGCACGAGCGCCUGCCCGCCUUUCCGCCCACCUUCAAGUUCCGCGAGGGCACCUCGGAGUAUGAUUUAAAGCGGCGCCCGGCAUGGACGGACCGCAUCAUGUACGCCGUCCAGCCGAUGAACCGACAGCCCGGCAUGCAGCUUUCCAUCGAGCAGUGCUCGUACAAAUCGCAUCCCGUCUACACGAUCAGCGAUCACAAGCCGGUGACCAGCGACUUUGCGCUCAAGCUCUAUCCGAAUGUGCGGGCGCCGGGCGUGGUCUUCUCGCCGCUGACGCUCUGGCGGAUUGGCGACGAGAACACCGUGGAGUAUCGCAAGCAGGCGGAGUUCGACGAGGGUCCCAACGACUGGAUUGGCAUCUAUCCGGCGGAAUACGCCAGUCUGGCGGACUACGCAGCCUACGAGUAUGUGAACCAGGCCGAGUCGCCCGCCUCCUCCUCGGACUCGAAUCACGAGGCGGAUCCGUUCGACACGCCCUCGCAUCAUCGACGCGGGCGGCAUCAUCACAAGAACCGGCAGCGGCUGCGACGGCAGCAGGAGGCCAAUGCCCAGGAGCAGGUGCGUCUCGACUUUGCCGACGAUGUGGAGCUGCGGCAUGGCGAGCAGUAUCUGCUGAUCUACUUCCGCAGCACCGGCGUGCGGGGCGUGACCAGUCUGGCGGGCGUCAGCGGGGUAUUUGUGGCCGAGAAGCGACACGGCUCGCCCCAUCGGACGGAGUACCACGUGGACUAGCUGGCCGAGGCUCUGGACAUCUUUAUUCUUUAGUUCAAAGACCGUGUUAAGUUUGCUUGUCCCCCAAAUAUGUUAAUUAUACACUUGUAACCAA